UAGCGCGAUAGAGUCCGAUGGUGCAGUCAACGCUGGGACCGGCAGCCCAAAAGACACACGCGGAUCUCGCCUGUUCUCCACUCCCUCCCCCCUUUCUCGAGCACAGCACCCUGCAUCGGCGACCAUUCACCCUCGACUACGUUCGUACGGCCCUGAGAGAAAGAGAAAGAAAGAGAGAGAGCGAGAGAGAGAGAGAAAGAGAGAGAGAGAGAGAGAGGCCGAGAGUGAUCGAGAGGAACCGAGGAGAGCGUACAACGUGUCGCGUCCCGGGCCGGGUUUCCUCGCGGAGCGCGACUACUCGGGCCGGCACGGGCCGCGGGCUGAACAGGAGUCUGCAAAGAGGAGACCGACCGCUGGUGCAUCGGCCAGUGCGUCCUUCUGCGUUUACGUGCAGUGGGUGUGUGGUGACGGGAUCGCGACGCUGGUGACGCGACGUAGCACGUUGUGAUCAAAACCGACGCAGCAUGACGCUGACAAUCGAGACGAAGACGACGGGGAACCUCUCUCCUCGUCGCACCUGUCGGCCUGGCUACCCGCUGCGUAUUACCGAUCGCGUGUGAGCCCACCGAGGAACGCGAUGUUGUGACGCGUGACACCGCCGUGCCGCGCCGGGCCCGACCUGCACCGGGUCCCAAUGCUCUCUCGCACGGAGAGCUUUCCCUUUUUCUCUUGCUUUCGCCGUCUCCGGACAGCCGCCCGGAGAACACCAGUUCUCCCGGCCAUGGAUGACAAAUGCUUCGAGUGAACGGCCGAGCCUGCGAAGCGGGAAAGAUCGUGCCGGACUGAUCCGCGAUUUCAGUUUCACGUCGAAAGGGAGCAACAAUGUGAGCACCGGCAAACAACAUAUUCGACGCGGGUCGAGCCGGGAAACAGACAGAAAUCCGUUUUUAUCAACUCGAACGAUUCAGUGCGAUUCAAUGGAAAUUCAACGGCGACGGACUGAGAGGAAUGGAAGCACCGGGUCUCCCGAUCGAGCGAUAAAAUAUUAAACGGGUCGACGCAGGAUCGCGCACGAUGGACGUUUUGUCGUGGAGGAAGAGCCUUCGUAAGAGAAGCAUCACUUUCCUGAAGAUGAUGAGAAGAGGCGAUCGCGCGAUCGAUUUCUGCGACCGGAAGUUUCUAGUGUCGUUCGCCGACGAAACAGUGGACGACGAGCCGGACGAGGCCUCGCCGAUUUUCUUCAGGGACGCGGGGAUCCGUGUUUUCGAGGAUCAAUCCGGAUCCGUGUUCCCCGGUGAAACUGUGUUCGAAGCGUGCGCCGAUAAAAGAUGCGAGACAGUCCGUGCUGGAGUCCUCCCGCUGUGAACGUUCUCGCCCCGUUGCCACGUUAAUCGCGGUGGAAACAGUGACGAAUGGAAGGUGCGAAGCUGCCCGCGGUUUUUACCGUUCGGGGAACAUUGUUUUUCCUCCUAAUGGAAUCGUGCGGAAUUCCGGAAGGGUGAGUUCUCGGGAACCGGACGAUGCCGCAGCGGGGAAUUCGCGAGUGCGCAACGAACCCAGAGCGUGCCAGGAUGCAGGGACGACACGGUUCCACUUGCACCGGUUAAAAUGAAUCGCAGGGAGGACCCGCUGUUGCGGCAGCAUCGCAACCGCUUGCUGCAAUUAGCCGAGGCGACAAAUAUCAAGCCCGGCCGUGGAAGCGGGAAGAGACGGGGUCAGAGGCAGUCCCAUGGCUUUGGACCGAGUAAUGGAGGACCGAGCGCCGGUAGCCGCGUGACCCUGCAGGAUAUCGUCCGAAGCGAUCCUGGAUACACGCCAAACAUCGAGCAUUUAGUUUUUCAGGAGCGCAAGAGCAGCAAUCCAAAUUUGGCGAAAACGGCCGACGAAUCUCCACCGAGUAAAUCCAAAUCGAACGCUACCAGCUCGGGGAGAUCCAGGCUCGCCGAGGUCUUCUCCAGACAUUACUCCAGAGGGUCCUCGCAGGACUCCACUGUCACGUCCAGGAAAAAUCAUUUGAAUAGCACAUCUCUGGACAGCGGAGGAGGCCCGGGGACCCAUCAGACAGGAGGAUCCGGUGGCAGCGCGGUGGUGACGAGAAGCGGCGGCCGCCGCUGGCUGUCGCAGAGCUCGCAAUCCUCGAGCAGGCAACAUUCGGCCGAGGACGGGGUCCGUGGGGGCAACGUGGGCGUCAUAGGGCCCGUUUCGUCCUCGUCCUCGAGCCAGGCCCCUGCUCCCGCCCUGCCGCCUCGUAGAGUCAGUCCAGCCGCGGAUUCGACCGACAUCUCGAACACGGCCACCGGCUCCCGCAGCGACAGGGGCGCAAAUGUCUCGAUCCUGCAUUUACGCAGCACUUCCGAUCCGUGGGAAGUGGGUUCCCAAGGAUCCGCGUACAGCGUCGGCAGCAAUAAAAGCCAAAGCAGCGGCAGGGGAAAGCCGAGCGGGAACUCGCGAGGCUCGUACACGCGUGGCACAUCGAUACCAUCGUUAAAACGUCACGACACUACGGCAUCGAUAUCGUCGACCUCGAGCUUGAAACAGCAUCGACAGGACAGCCACGGGCAGGUGGCGAGCUCUCGUCGUCGAGAAUCCUCGAAUUCGUUCCUGUCCGGCAACAGCGGCACAUCGGGCGAGCUGUUCAUCAGCGGGGACUGCGGCCGAGAGCUGUCUCCGGUGCGAUGGUGCGACAGAGAGGUGGACGGCGUGUAUCUGGGUCGCUCGGGAUGGGUGCAGGUGCAGCAGCGAUCCCUGGACGAGAAUCGGCGGAUCAGCUACGAGAGCAGCCUGGUGACCGCGACGACGGGCACGCUGCCGUUGCCGCGACGAGUCGCCGUCAAAUUGGCGAACUACCACUGCAACAGCGAGCCGGGAAAAUGUCCGCAGGAGUUCUCGAGGGUGGACAGCCAGCGACCGGACUACCUGGCGUUGCACGGCCAAGAGUACGAGUCGGUGGCCAGCAGCGCGUGCACGUCGCCGCACAGCAUCCCGGAGUCGUACUCGCCGCCGUCGAUCACGCCGAUCAUCUCGCCUCCGCCGGCGUUCCAGGACGCGGUGGGGAAAAAGUCCACGGCGAGGCACUCGUCCGGCCGUGGCCACUACGGGAAGGCUCCGUUCUUGCCCCGGUCGAACGCCAUAGUGGACAGCGACAUCAUCAGCCCGCCUCCGUCGCCGCCGCACCAGAUCAACUGGAGCUCCUUGCCGUCUUCCUCGCGCAAGUCCGCUGGCACGCCAUCCAGGCCUCGAAGGCAGAACACAGCUGGUAGUCAGCAACAGCAGCAGCAGCAGCAGCAGCAGCAGACGCAACAACAGCAACAGCAGCAACAACAGCAGCAGCAACAGUACCGAAUGGCGCAGGCUAAAUCGUUAGAGGAUCCUUCUUCGACGAGAAGGACGCAGUUCGUGCAAAGGUACAUGGAGUCCUCUAGCUCGUCGUCCUCUUCCAUGGGCUUCAGGAGCCUGGACAGCUGCGUCCAGAGAUCCACUAUGCCCAGGCUAUCCGAGAACACGGACUCCUCGGUGGAGGGCUACGACGACGGCGACGACGAGGACGACAAUCCCAGCUCGUCCUUGAACCUGAGCUUAGUCUCGUCGUCGAUCAUAGCGCUGAACUCGUCCAACGAGUCGAUCCGAGCGAACGGGGAGAGGAUCUCGCCGAACAGGCAGGGCCGUCAUCAUAGGAGUCAGCAGGGCUUGAGAAGAUCUCCCGGCUCGACCGAGUCCGGGAAACAGUUGUCCUUCAAUUCACCAUCGUCCUCCUCAUCGUCGUCGAGCAGCAACGAUCGGCAGGCUAGAUCGCCGACACCGAAUCCUUUUAGACGCGGAGCCGCUGCCAGGCAACACCAGAGCGCCAGGACGACCCAAGUGUCCCCUGAAUCCCAUCAGUCCCGAGUAAGGAGAUCCAGGAGUCUUCAAUUACCCGAGAAGAGGUCCCCCGGAGCGCAAGCACCGAGCAGGGAUCACUCGAGAGAGACUAACGAGCCCCAUAGAGUCGUUGUUAAAAUCUCCAAUGAUCGGGCCGGCGAUAGGAAACGCCACACGCUUCAGAACAGAAAAGCGCAGUCGACCGAGGACGCGUUGAACGAGGAGCUUCUCCGCGAGACGGAGACGGUAACCGAGUUUCUUUACGGCACAAGAAGCCGCGCGGUGCCGAGGAAUCUUCUCUCGACUCGUUUCGAGCGUCGGGAUGAGAGUCAGGAGCAAAGACGGAGCAAUCCGAGCACCUACGACGUUUACUUUAUUUCGUCGAAGCAGCAGCAGCAGCAGCAGCAACAACAACAGCAACAACAGCAACAACAACAACAGCCAUCGGCCAAGACGAGUGGUACUUCUAUGCAGCAACCUCCACAAUCGUCUCAGCAAUCUCAACAAUCUUCGCAACAAAGCUCGCAGCAAUCUCAGCAGCAACAGCCGCAGCAACAGCAGCAAUCUCGACGGCCGAAGACGCUGCAGCGGGGUGCAACGACCCCAAACGCUAGCGCGUCCUCGUCGAGCCACGACUUUUGCAUCAGUCCGGACACGAAGUUGCGCUGCAACAGCAGCACCUGCGAUUUUUGGCCGCAUUGUUCGCAGAGGGACACUCUGUACUCGCCUAACCAGGUCCCGGUGUUCAUGAAGCUGUCCCAGAGCUACCCGGCUCAUCAGAGGAUCCCCACGGACGCCGGCAGUCACACGAGCAGAGGCAGCGCCAGCUCGUCCCCGGCCUCGUUAGAGCGGAUGGACGAUAGAGAGUACCGGGACCGCGAGAACUCUCGGAAGAGCCGAGCGAACCGUGAUCAAAACAACCCGAAAUAUCAGGAGAGACAGCCGAAGAGCGUGCUGAAGCAAUCGAACCGGUGGUCGCCGCUCGAAGGCUCCAAUGGGAAUACCCCUUCCUCCGUCGAGAAGAGGGAGCACCACCGGUUCUACAGGAAACCGGAGUUCGCCGGCAGCUUCGAGGGCUGCGACGCCAAGGACAGGAAGGUGUCGCCGGUCCAGGGAAAGGGGAUCGCGAAUAGAUCGCCCAGCGGGCAGGCCGCGUCCUCCUCGACCACCUCGUCCUCGUCCAGCAGCGACAUCUGGGUCACCACGUCCGAUCGAACGGUCACCAAGAGUCCUAGGAACGCGAAAAGUUCCGGCGCCUCGACUCCCAUGGAGGAUGCCGUGAUCGGCUCCCUGAAGACGCUGAUGGAGCCGCCUAAGGACGGCAUGCUGUCCAGGCCUGGCAGCGCUCCCACCAGGGCCGAUGAUUCAUUGCCGGCCGAGAUCUGCCUGGAUCCUCAUCAACGCUCCUUGUCCCUGCCGAAAUCGUUCCUGGCGCACAACACCGACGGCAAUAACAAAGGAGGCUCGUGGCAUCGUGGACAGAGUUCCCAAAGGUCGAGCCCCAGCCCCAUACGACGCCAUCACGCGCAGGAUGUAGCCGCGCCCCACACGGCUCCUGUUUCCCCGUUGCAUGAUCAACGCUCCACCGCGUACCCUGGCAAGGAGAGAAGACGUAUUCCUGGCUUGAGCAAGGCGCAGAGGCGUAUCAAAGCGUCCAGCACGCCGGCGCUUCUGGAUCGCGAUGUGGAAAGUCGACAGUGGUCGGGGGACGAGGAGGACGAGGGGACAACCGGUCACGUAACAACCGAGCAUCCUCUGGCGGAGGCGACGAUCCCCUUGGUCUCCCAUUCGCGUCUCCAAGAACAGCCCUCGAACCUGAGUGGCAAUAUCGUGACCGCUUCCGGCGGCCAGAAUCCUUCCCGGUCGAGCACGCAGAGCCAGCAAGAAAGCGUGCUGCAGAAAUUCAGGAAGAGCUUCUCCUUGAGAUUCCACAAAAAGGGCAGCAAGGAGAGCAACGAGAGCGAGUGUCCGCCGGACGAUAACGACGGAUCCGGGCCCCUGGACGAGGAGGAGGAACGGGAACAGACGAUCGUUGCCGAGCAAACCCCUCAGCACAAGGAGGACACCAGCAACGACCAAAAAUUCCGAUUCGGUCCCCUUGUGUGGAGAAGUAGCAAGGAGAGAAAAAAGGGUAGCAAGGCUGCCAGAAAUGCGAAAUGCAACAGCGGAGACAGCGGCAUACAGAUCGAGAUGGUAUCUGGUGGAGCAUUGACUGGGGGCGGUGGUGGUGGAUUGAUGGGGGGCGGUGAUAGCUCCGAGUCCCACGACACGGAUGUCCAAGACGAGACCGACAGCCCUCCAGCCCUUCGUAGGCGAGUCGCCGACAAAUCACGACCCCAGUCCGAGCUCAUCAACCAGAUACUGAUCGACAAGUUUAAGGCGGAUCUGCAGAGCCGAACGUCCUCGAGACACCAGCAUGUACGCCGGACGAACAGCGAUUUAGGAGGUCAGAGGUUACUCCAGUGGGACACGAGGUCCGGAUACAGCCACGCGCACAAUUACCGCAGGAUGCUCUCGACUCCUUCGCCUAUCAAGACGAGGCCUCCAAGGCUGAGCCCGAGGCACUCCUCCCAUGACAUCGUUACGCUUAGAAGUAACGCGAAAGGGAGGAGUACUCGGACAAAUCUGAGGCGUUCACUUAGCCAACCACUGGGUAUCAAUCAGCUAUCACCUUUGAUGCGCACCAAAACUGCAGGUGCGAGGUUGCCCGGUGGGAAUGUCCUGUCGGAGGACGAACAGGACGGCAGAGGCGGGACGUCGGACGACGAGAUGAUGUCCGACUCGGAGUCCUCCAUCGCCUCCUUGACGGACAGGAAGAAGUCGUUCGAGCAGACGAUGGACGAGGAGGUCGUGAUCCUUGCUGAAGCUGUUUGGGACCACGUGGCGAUGGAGCCGGAGGAGCUGGCCUUUCGUGCCGGAGACGUGAUCGAAGUUCUGGACAACCUGGACAAAGAUUGGUGGUGGGGUAACUGCAGAGGCGAGCAUGGCUGGUUCCCAGCCGCGUUUGUUAGGUUGCGUGUCAGUCAAGAGGACACGGUGGAGGAUUGUUUGGCGGCGAUGGCAUCCGGCGGCACGUCUAACUCUCAGCUAAGAAGACGCACCAGCAUCUCGCUGCUCUCGAACGAGCAGGUCAGAGCGAGCGUGGUCCGCGAGUUGGUGCAAACCGAGCGCGACUUCGUCAAGAUUCUGACGGACGUCGCGGAGGGCUACAUCGCCGAGUGUCGUCGACGAACGGACAUGUUCAACGAGGAGCAGAUAGAGACGAUAUUCAUCAACCUCGAGGAGCUGCUCGACUUUCAGUCCAAGUUUCUCAAGGACCUCGAGUCCAGGAUAGACUGGAACGCUCCGUACAAAAGCUGCGUCGGCGAAUGUUUCAUCAAUCACAGGUCCGGAUUCCGUAUGUAUUCGGAGUACUGCAACAGUCAUCCGAUGGCCACCGUCACGCUGCAGGAGCUGUACCAGCACAAUCGUUAUAGCAAAUUCUUCGAAGCCUGUAGACUAAUGAGGGGCUUGAUCGAGAUACCUUUGGACGGGUAUUUGUUGACGCCCGUCCAACGGAUAUGUAAAUAUCCGCUCCAAUUGGCCGAGCUGUUGAAAUACACGAAAGCCGAUCACCCGGAUUACCAUAAGAUCCAGGAAGCUCUCGAGGCGAUGCGCGGCGUCGCGGUCUUGAUCAACGAAAGGAAACGGCGAAUGGAGAGCCUCGAGAAGUUGGCAGCUUGGCAAUUGAGGGUCGAGGGCUGGGAGGGUGAGGAUCUCAUAGAAGUCUCGUCUCAGUUAAUCUAUCAAGGCGAGGCAAUGAGAGUCACCACUGGCAUGUGGACGAACAACAUCACCCUGUUUCUGUUCGAUCAUCAGCUGGUUUACUGUAAAAAGGAUAUCAUAAAACGGAACACUUACGUGUUUAAAGGCCGCAUUUACCUCGAUACGAGCGAGGUGAUCGACGUUCCCGAUGGAAAAGAUCAUCAGUCGGGAGUAACGGUGAGACAUUGUCUGAAAAUAUACAGCUGCGUCCGAGACAAAUGGUUGCUUUUCUGUUGCCGCACGGCGGAAGAGAAGCGUCGAUGGUUGGCAGCCAUGGCGGAGGAACGGAGACUGGUUGCUCAGGAUAGAAACGACGGACUGGAAUUCCCAACUGCGGCCAGGCAACUGGCCAGGCUCGUGGCAGCGAGACAACAAAAUAGGCCGCCGAUCAAACCUCGCAACAAAACAUACAAAAGAGAAUCUGCUUACGACAUGCCUACCAUGGUUGGACAAGGCGCGACGAACUCGUUAGGACGAAAGGUUGGCACCUGGUUCACGUUCGGUAGCAGCAAAAAGAGCACACGACCUCAGCCGUCCUGAGACAGGCCUACCUUCGUGCCAUACAUUGACCUGUAAACCUCGAACGAGAUGCGCUUAAUCGUUGCUCCACGAUCUAGACCUGAUUGCACGUUACUCAACAUUUAAGAAACCGUUGUAUGGUUUCAUCGAGGAUAAUUAGCCCGAUUUCCUUCCGCCGCGGAAACUAGACAUUGCACUUGCUCUCGCUCAUUGGGAACGCAAACGAUCCUAAGCGCUGGUCACAUGUAUGGGACGAAGGUAAAUUGAUUUAUACGAUCAUUAAAUUUCAUUUAACGAACGCAUCAUCGACUCGACGGCAUUGAUAUAUAGGAUCCUGUUGACCGGCCAAGAGAACGCUACCGAUUGUCACGUGUCGAAUUUUUAGUAAUAUUAUUUAAUUGAAAAAGUAUACGGUUCGAUAAAAGAGAUUGUAAGUCUGCAUCGCCAACGAUAUUUAUUUCACUGCCUCAUGGAAAAAAUGAUUCUUCAUUGACGCGCUCUGUCAUCUUGCAUUCAGAAGAAAAAAAAAGAAACAGAUCACUGCACGGAGUGACAAGGUAUUAUCGUUUAUACUUCUCUAGUAAAUAAUAAACGUUGUUUGUUCGAAGUGAUUGUUUGAUGAAUAUUGUUAAAUUAAAUUAAUCGAGCCCACGUAGUGGAGGAGACUAUAUCGCACGCGAGCAAACGUUUACGGAAAUCAUUUUUGGCAGACGAUCGUGUGUCGCGCAGCUAACAGCGAACGUAUUAAGAAAUUAUAGCGAACGAUGGGAAUGAGAGAAUUAUUAAAGUGAUCGUGUUAAUAAGCAUUAAAGCUGACGAAAAAUGCAGUAUAAACUAGAAAAAAAAAUAAAUGCAGUUCUUGUUAGACGUAGAUGAUACAUGUAUAAAGAAACUAGCGAGCUUUCGAGGUACUAAAGAGAAAGUACUAGUCACUUUUAUCACGCAAUCGUAUAAACAACAGUGAUAAAGAAUUUUAUUGUUACUCGACUGCUUGAAUGGGUGUUGCGAGCAUUGAACGGAUUAGCAAUGACCAUACGUUUCUUUUUUAUGGUAAUCGAAAGACUGAGGACAGGAGGAAUGCUUUCCACGAUGUCUACGAAAAGAACCGGCACAUAUUUGGGGUACCACUGAGAGAAAAGUGUGAUGCUAUACGCAAGUUUCACCAUAGCCAACUAUUUGUAGUCUCAGCCUGGAAGAACAUUUACAUAUACUCCACUGUUCGAUACUUUUAGAUAGUACUUUUAGAACGCACACUAAAAUAAAAUUGUUAAACGGGCGGUGCCCGAUGAUUUUUCUCUCAGUGACGCGAAACGUAUCCGCAGCAGAUACACGUAGAACGAAUCUCAAGCAAAAAUCACAUUAUAUAUUCCUUUUACUGCCUAAAAGGUUUGUCUGUUACUUCAACUUAAAAAAAAAAAGCAGUAAUCGUAAAAUACUCAAGGUAGUUUGUACGAAGAUUUUAAAUUUGCUAACUUGGGACGGAGAAAAUUAUAUAUGCCUACGUCGUAACAGAGAGACAGUAUUAAAGAGAUACAGGUACUACUAAAUAUGUAAAUACUCGCAUAUCAAGCCCCCCUUUUUCUACUGCGGCUGAAGCAGUUUCCAAAAGUGAACUCCCAAGAAGAAUAUCUUUCAAGUUUUUUCUACUCUUGUACAGAAGAAAACGUGUUACGAGAAUAUAUCGUGCCGAGAGCCAGUCAACCAGCAAAAAUCUCUGUGUUUUGUAAUAUAAACUUAACGGUGACAUACUUGUGUGAACAUACACUUGUCUGUGCAAUUCGUCGUCACAGAUAAUUCCAAUUAACAUUUUCCGAAAAUUGAUGCACACCGAUCGUGAAAGUUUUUAACACUGCCAAUCUGUUUUACUAAAUGCGUCUUCGUUCGAUUCGUAUAGUUUCUCGUCAUUUUUCGAUGCGUAAAUCUAGAUUUCGAGUAUAGAAAGAACAAAGAGAACGGAUAAACACGAUAUUUUAAGGCGUUACUUUUUGUGUCCGCGAAUUUUUCAUGUUUCUCUGUCUUCGAAUACGGGCGCAAGUUGAUGGAAGUCGUUAAAAAAAGAAAAAAAAAUAAAGCAAACGAUGUUUGCGAACGGAAUAACAAUUCACAGAAAUAUAUUUUUGCUUAUUUUCUGGCGUUAUAUUUACUAUACGACGAGGACAAUAUGAUGAUGAAAUGAAGGAGCAAGAUUCCUACUCGACUGUACAGAGAACACUAACCGUUGAUGUUUUAGACUAGAAGCGAAACAUUUGUUGCUGAACUUAACUCACUCAAGAGUUAUUUUUAUAGGACAAAUUUAUUUGUUUCAAUGCGACGCUUCUCUGUACGCAUUGUUAUGUAAGAACAGUUUUAAUGGCCAAUGUAACUAAACGUAAGAAGAGGAUGUCUCGCACUAACUAUAAAUGCUGAAACGAUAAUACUGCAUAGUAUGCAACUCAGAAUACUUCAUUAGUAUGAACUUCACUUUCAUGGGUCAAGAAAUGAAACUUCUGCGAAUUACCAGAGUAGUAGUACAAAUACCGGUUAACAAGAAUUUUGAAUCUGAAUAAUGUUCGUUGCUUGUAUUGGCUACACUCUACAUAUCUUAUACGAUAGACGAAGAUCCAAAUGUUGACGAUUAUAAAAUUUAUAGUUUAAUAUUUAUUCUCUUUGUAAUUACUCUGAACAAGUGAUUUGUUCUAUUACUCUGGAUACGUUGACACAAAUCCUGCACAAACGGCAAAAUAAUGUGCUUCGAAGCAAUAAUAUUACUAGGCGUUACAGUAAUAACAGUUUAAGCUGUUAAAUAUAUAUGUAAACGCAUACACUUUCCCUUGUAUUUGAUAUUGGUUACCUUGUAUGUGCAUAUUGAUAAUUAACGUGACGCGUGCAUUGUGCAUCAUUAAUAUGCACAUGCUUUCUGCAACAAUACGUUGGAAACAACUGAUACCAAUAAUGUAUCAUUUUGUUUUAUGUAAAUAGCUAGUUGGUAUUGUAACUUGUAAGUGUAAAUAUUGUAGACCUCUUUAUUAGUGAAAACAGUGUAGGCAAUAAGUGACUUUAAAGUUAAACGACACAUAACUUUUGGAUAAUGAUUAACUAUUAAUUAUAUAGCGCGAUGUUUUGUAUAUUUGUAUAUCUAAUUUAAUGAUUUCAUAAUAAAUUGGUCUCUUUGCUCGAUUGUUCACGUUAUAAAUACUUAUUGUUUAUGAUAUGUACAGUUGAAAUUACACGAUAUGUUUAAAAUUGUUUUCAUAAUAUAAAUAUAUACUCAGUUAAAUAUAUGUAAAUAAACAUUUUAUAAUUAUUA